ACUUCAACAUAGGCGAACGUGUAGACAGCAGUUGGAAGUAGCUGCACAGUCCGGUUUAAGAUGAAACCACUAAAAUCGUCGCAGGAAUCAGGGAGUGUGGUUUUCUCACGCUACGAGCGAGUGGAGUGUCCCAGCGACGUCCUCACAGGGGACAGCGUUCCACAUCUCGAGUUCCCAGAGGCCGUAACAGUGGGCAGUGUUCUUCCUGUAAUUGUUAGAAAUGUGAAUUCCCCAGCAAAAUUUUGGAUAAAUUUAGUGGGACCUUGGUUUUCAGAAAGACUAGAUGCCCUUUACAGGGGAAUUGAGGAAUUUUACGAAGCGCAACACGAAAAUUACUACAUGCCUUCAUCCGCUAUAAAUCCGGGACAGUUCUGCAUCUGCCUGUACGCGAGGAAGUGGCUCAGGGCGAAGAUUCUCGAAGUGGUGCACAGUAAUUUGGUGGGAGUUUUCUUCAUCGACUUCGGAGGAACCGUUUUCGUAACUAACAACACUUUACGGUUUAUGCACAACAGUUUUGCGGUAGUUCCUAUACAAUGUUUCCGUGCGUUUAUUCCUGGCGUAAAGCCGGCCGUCGCCGACGAAUGGCCAAGUGACGUGUGCGAAUACUUCCGAAAGGAAGUAAGUGGUAAAAAACUCCGUGCCCGAGUGGAGAGACUGUUCAGACGGACGUACACCUUGUCAGUUGCGUUACUGGACGAUAGCGACAGAAGCAUAGCGGACUUGCUGAUUCUUUGUGGACUGGCACGAAUGGAGUGUUUAAGUACGAACAGUGUGAAGGCUCUCUCUCAGGAUGAGCAAGACGAACAAGGCUGCAGCCCAAUGGUAAGCGUUAAAGACGACGCAGACACUUCAUAUAGGCAGGUUGCAGCGCCGAGUCCUUUACAAGAAGACUCAACAAACUCGCAAGAUCCAUUUUAUAGCGGCAAUAGCAUCGCCGAGAGGUCAGACGUCACCUGCGGGUACGUGACUGUUGCAGGGAAGAAGCUGGUAUUAGUGGUGGUCAACAGCAAACUGUACUUCCUCUUCUCAGACUUUGUUUUCGCGUUCGUGGGGUUGCACGAACACGUUGCGCUGACUGUGCUGGCGACGAAGUCCGCGCAGUUGCCCCUCUGGACACUAGACAAGAGAGAGGUGAAGAGGUUUGUACAGUCGCUGCAGGGGCGCAGUAUCGCUGGGUUGAAAGACUUCAGACCCGGCGCGGCCGCUGUUCGCCUUCUGCCGUUGCCCAACGCGACGGAGGUGCUAAAGUUGCUGGACGUCGACGAUUCACUAACGCAGGCCGUGAGUACUUUCGUUUCGUCCAGAUUAUAGCGUGCCGGGAGGUAUUUCUCUUCGCCAGAAUGAGUCGUUACGGUUCAACCGUCUUCGGUUCUGUGUGUCCGUGCCUGCUUCUGUAGGAAAAAUAUAACCUAAUUUCUUGUAAUGCAAAAACUUCUGAUAAACUUCCAUUGUAUCAAAGAAAACUACGCCUCAUGUUAAACUAUUGUUCGCAUCUAACGAUUCUCAGUUUCAUAAUAACCUAUGAAAUAUUCUGUAAGUCGUGUAAUGAAUCUAAUUAGAUACCUUACCAAAACGCUGUGUCUUUGUUUACGGUCCUAUUUCCUUCGCGCCUAGUAACAAGUUGUGUCCUGCUGAUGGUGCACACAAAGCCAAGUCGCUACCAGAAUCAGUAUAAUUUUCAUAAGUGUUUAUGUUAAGGAACAAACAUUUUCGAUGAUUUGCUAGCAGCCAUAAAAAGUGUAUCUAUUAAUAAAGUAAAUUUUAAGAACCGGUUAAAUUUUUGUUAGUGGACAGUUCGUACUCCAUUGACGAAAUUUUUGUAAGACUUAUCAGUGUAUGAAAUAACGUGUUACGUAAAACCUGACUUUUGCUCAUAUUUAGUGCAGUAAUUUGAUAAAUGUAAAUAACUAUUGUAAGCUGAUUUUCUGCUCGAUGCGUAGCUAAAAUACCCUAAGAAUAAUCAUAUGUACCUCAGCGUAGGGUACAUUUACAUUUUUUACCG